UUCAAUUCAAUUCAUGGCAAGCACGUCAAGAAAACAAAGAAAACCCACAGAUUAUAAUAAUGCUUUCCACAACCUCGAUCUCAUCUUUCCCAGAAAACAUCAUUUGUGCGCGAGAAAGGCGGAGAUAAUGCUGGGAUUCUUCUUGAGUUGUGCUUCGUGUCGUGUCAGGCCGCGGCCGCCGGUUAAACCAAACAAGAAAUCCGGCAACCUUAUCAUGAAGCCUGCUGACGAGAAGUCUGAGUUUUCCAGCAAGAACAGUGAAGAAAUGAGCUUCAAUGGCGAUGAAAUGAAGCAGGGAGAGAGUGGAUAUGGCGGUAAUAGAGUGAUGGUUGUGGUUAAUCGGAGUUUUGAAGCUAAAGGAGCUCUGCAAUGGGCACUUUCCCACGCUGUUCAGAGCCAGGAUACUGUUGUUCUUCUGCGUGUAACCAAUCCAUGUAAACAAGGUGGAAACUCCCACAGUGUACUCAAUCAAAGGUCUAACCAUGAAAUUCUUUGCAGAAUGGAAAGUAUGUGUCAAGCAAUGCGACCCGGGGUGCAAGUAGAGAGAGUGGUGCAAGAAGGAAAGGAGAAAGGGGCAGAAAUUGUUGAAGCAGCUAAGCAACACAGGGUGAAUCUGCUGGUGUUGGGGAAGAGGAAAAGAUCAAUGGUGACAGUUGCUGUGAGGAGGAAAAGAGUGCAGUCUGAGAUCACCAAUUACUGCAUUCAAAAUGCAGACUGUAUGACAGUUGCAGUGAGGAGGAAAAGCAGGAAGUAUGGAGGAUAUCUCAUCACCACUAAGCUCCAUAAGAAUUUCUGGCUUUUAGCAUAAAGAACAACCGGUUAUUUUAAUGUAAUGUGCGUGAGACUAUCCGUGGGACGGUCUCACACAAAUAUAACUUUGUAUUUUGUAAAUUAUGAUCUUAUUGAUGUGCCAGUAAAAUUUUCUAAAUCGUACUAGUUAGAACUCAUUCAAACGGUGUAUUUGAUCACCCUUUCAACUUAAGGUAGUUAGUUGUAUGCUCUUUUACUCCUUGGUUGACUUUUCAUACGUAUGGUUUGAAAAAAACAACAAUGGAAUGCAACAAAAUGCCUUGACUUGAA